GCAGUGUUUUAAAGUAAUCCAAAUCAGCACUGAGUGUCAUGUCUCUUUAAUAUUACUGUCACCUCUGACUACUUAAAAAAAAAAAAAAAAAAAAAAGCCUCGUUCGUCUUCGCGCGCGGUCCAUGUUUCGUUCAGGCUCCUCUGCUGGCGCUGGAUUCUUCUAUAGCUGGUUGGGUUUGACAGAAAAUAUCAAAAAAACAACUCCGCUGCUGGAAAUGAUUGCCACUCGUAUUUGGAAGUUAAAACGCUACGGGCGUUUCAUCCCUGGCUCCAAGGAAACAGGUGUAAAACCGUGGAAGGUACUUGAGACAAAGGACAACAAACCUGAAAUUGUCCUCACAAUUGUGGAAUCUGGACACUUGCUGGUCUUGCAGGGACAAGAAAGCUUGGAUACAAUUCCUUUGCUGUGUGGCUCAGAUUCUAUUAAAGUACACCAGAAAUCUGAUAAUCUGAUCAUUCGAUUUAUUGUGAAGGGUGAGAGCCGCAUGAUAAGGAUGCAGUUUGAUGGAUGCAGCAUGGCAGAGGCUAUAAAUGAGUGCUCAAGUGCUGUGGAAAAACUGAUGGAGUACAUACCUGUCACCACUCAGGAUUACGCCCCACCACAGCCUAAUCAGCCCCCUGCUGCAGUCCCUGCAUCAGCAGUACAGACUUGUCAGGAAAAAGCUGUGGGAGUUAAACCUGAGGUUGUCCAAGGAACUGUGUCCAUCAAACGUCUUACCCAGCACUGCUUGGGAGACACUGCUGUGACUCUACCUCGAGUAUAUCAACACAGUUCUUUUGGACAAGGUGACUUAGAGCAUUUCCUGCGUGUUUGUCUGCUGGAUCCCACCUUUUAUGGAUUUGUAGAGAAGGUGGAAGGGGAGCUGAGGAAACUGGUUGAAGAGUAAAGAAUCUUAACAACAGCUCAAGGCAGAAAGGUCAAGUUUGUGUGUGUGUGCAUGUUCGUGUUUUUUUUUUUUCUUUUAUUUGUUCGUGUAGGCAGUGCCCGUUGGUGGAGUGUUUUGUUGCUUUGGUGCCAGUGUUCUUUGAAAUUAUAUUACACAUUAGUUGUUAUAUUACAUGGGCCAAAGAGGAUGCUUUGAAUAUCAUUAAAUUUGUUGAUUAAAGAACUUGCAAAACAAACAUUCAUUUUUACAUUUUUUAUUUAAAAAAAAGAAAAAAAAAACUAUUGGUCUCACUUAUAUGUUUGAUCGUGGCUAUGUACUCUGGUCCCUCGUUCCCACCUUAAUGCAGGUCCAUUUCCACUGCACCACACAUGGAUACAUUGUAUUGAAAGAGGAGUCAUGCAGCUACAGCAGUGAAUUUUGCUAUGCCAGCUUCCAAGUGAUCCCACAAUAUUAAAGCUUCACUGAGUAAAACAAACUGCCCUCCAUAUAUCUAUUUAAGAAUACAUAUUGCAUAGGAUUAUAGCCAUGCUAUACAGUUAAAGAGAGGAACAAAAUAAAAAUCAGUUAAUGAAAUUGGGAAUUAUAAAAAAAAUAUUUUUUACACCUUUCCUAUCAUUUGAA